CUGAGAACAAGCAUGCGGUCCAUGCUGCUGCUGCCGCCCUUGCUGGCGCUGCUCGCCGUCUCCCGGGUCAGCCCGGAGAAACCGAUCCUGUUCAGGCUGUGCGGCCGCGAAUUGAUGCGAGCCGUGAUCUACACGUGCGGCGGUUCGCGCUGGCGGAGAGGGACCGGGACUGGCGGAGAGACGGCGCUCGGCGCCAACCGGAUGCUGGAGGAUCAGAAGUCGCCGUUCAUGGGAUUCCAUCUUCCAAAACGGCACCUCAACCAAGGCUUGGCCUCAUCCAGCGGAGAGGAUUUGAGUUACAGGCGGGAUCUUUUGGAAGAAAUGUUGACGGCUUUCCAAAACCCAUCCCGGGAAAAGCGUAAGUUCAAUCAAACCCAUGCCGAUCUUUGCUGUCUGAGGGGCUGUACCAAAAAGCAAGUGAGCUUUCUCUGCUGAAGCGGCGAGGAGUGGCAUUCAAUCGCUGCCACACGUUCCCGGUCGGAGGCCUUCGGAGCAUUGGUUCUAUGUUUAAAUAUUAUAAUUGUUCAACGCAAAUUCUGUA